ACACCACUUCAAUGUGCAGCAUAUGCAGGAAAUUUGGCAUGCAUCGAGCUACUGCUAAAAUACGGUGCCGACAUCAACUUCAGUGAAGGUAAAGUUGGGACAUCCCUUCAUGCUGCAGGUGCUUCAGGAAACUUGAGUGCAUUUCAACUCUUGCUGGAGAGGGGUGCGAAUCCCAACGUCGUCCGUGGACAAUACGGGAGUGUUCUUUGGGCUGCUGGGUACGGUGGCGACCGUGAAUGCGUUCGCAUUUGUCUGCAACGGGGACUGAAGCACGAAAUUCACAUGCGGACGCCCCUGCUGUGGGCUGCGGCUGAGGGUCACAUCGAAACGGUGAAGUACUUGGCAAUGGAGGGCGCGAAUCUUGACGUAUGGGGGAGAGGUCUUGAGACGCCGCUCGAGUUUGGUUGCCUUGCUGGUCGCUUGGACAUGGUAAAGUGUUUGUUGGCUUUAGGAGCAAGAGCCGAAUUUCGGCAAGCGGGCAAGUAUCGAACGGCGGUUGUGUGUGCUGAUAUCAGUGGCAACAAGGAGUUGGUUGAGUUCCUG